UAACUUAUCCUGUAUCUAUUUCUCUCCUAUUGUCCUAUUCUCUCUUUUUCUCUCCUAUCCUAUAAAUCACAUUUUUCUCAUUCUUUUUUUAUCUCGAAAACUUCCUCGAGCCGCUUCCUCACUUUCCCGAUGCGCAAGCACGAACAUUGGUUAGAAUCAGCUGAUUCGAAUAACAUUCGACUACACAUGCAAGCAUAUCGUGAUAGAGCGCAGUGUCAGUGAUGGGCGUUGUGUGCAACUGUGCUACGCGAUCGCGGUAUGUACUCGUGGUUAUAGUGCCUUGAUGAGUGGUUAGCGUCGUUGAUCGUGCUUUUUCCCUCUGUUUUCCGUAAGCAUCAUGCGUCUUUUCGUUCGUAUUCGCGAAGGCGCACCAAGAACGGCUUGAAGCGUGCUCGGCAAAGUGACAAAUCGAGUUAUUAUUAUCGUUUGUUAUAUACUUAAUCAACCGGCCGACUAUAUAACGAUGGAGAACGUUCGCUCGCCGAUGGAUAACCUCUUCAACAUGCUGUCGGGAUUCAGUGUGGGCCAAGAGAAGGCCUUGAAGCAGGGAAUCUACAACGCCGUCGCGCUCUUCUUCCUGUGCCUCGUCUCGGCGGCCGGCUACGGUCUCUACAUUAUCCUGAGUCCAUUUGUCAAGCCUCUGAUCUGGGCCCUGUUGUGCGGUUCCGUUCUCUUUCCGUUCAAGUGCACGCUGGUUACGACGGUGCAGUCUUGGUUCGCCAAGGUGGAGGUGUCGCAGACUCCGUUGAUCGUCAACGUUGGCCUGCUGCCCGUACACAUAUUCGAUAACGUCUCCGAAAAAGUGGGUUCCUUCCUGUGGACACAUAUCAAGUAUAUUGUCUGGGUGGUGUCACUGAUUUUGCUGGUUGCGGGCGUGUAUCAUUACACUCCCUACGCGAUAACGUGUCUCGCCUGGAGGUUGUUUCAAAUCUUCAACAUCGUUUUCGGAUUUUUCAUCCUAACAUGCAACGUCUUUACGGUUUCUACCAUACUCGUUGGUUACUUGACAGCUCUCUAUAUUUACUGGUCACCGUCAAACUCAGUUCGCUUUCGCUACAUGUCCUUCGUAAUGUGGUUCAUCAUCAGCAUGUACCUUUCAAGUAUGGCGGGCGCUUACCGAGUCUUGGUCUUUGCUGCUCUGCAAAUCCUGUGUGUGAUAGGAUUUAUUUACGAGGUGGUACUCAUUAUGGAUGCUCACGAAUUGAACGGUAGACACCUGACAUUCUCACAAGCAGCGCGUUUCGCUUUAACGAAUGACUUUGCACCAAGCCCAGAAGAAGAUAAGUCAGCUUCGUCGGAAGGCGAUGAGCGGACGAACGACUGUAUUCCUGAGGGAAAGAGCGUGGAUACGCCGAUUCGAUCUCGCGGAGAAGCAGGAAGAUCGGCAUCCGCUGCCGACGCGACAGAUAUUGGGAGAAUGCGUAGCGCACCGAAACUCGGCGUGAAGUCAAUGUCCUUGGACACGGACGCCAGUCUAUCCUCCGCAGCGGGUGGAAUCCGUAACGUAUAUUCUACAACCCGUUCAAUGUUACGCGAUCGUUAUCUGCUUGGCAAAAUAAGAGCCGAAUUGCGAACGUCUCUUGAUAUGCAGGAUAAUGAGGUCGACACUGACAAGUAUAUGUAUGGAGCACUAUAUGCGUGUGCUAGCAUGCUCCUUUGGAAACACAGGAUGAUCGCGCAUGUUUUGGUGAUCCCGUUGGCAUAUUACGUUGUCAAGCAGCUGGGCAGCUAUUUCGGCUGCUGGGAAAUGAUAUUCAGACAUUAUGACUCAACGAUACAAACACUCAAGUCGUGGUGCAUGGAGCGACAUCAGGCGAUCAUACCCUCUAAUAUCAGAGGUCUUUAUAAAGUAGGCAUUAUUGUGGACGAAAAACUGAGAAGUGUUUUGAAGAACUCUGUCAAUGCAGUAGCAACUACGUCUGUGAUACUCGGCUUGAUUGUUUUUACUACUUGCGCAUCUAUUUUCAUCACGAUACAGGUUUACGCGGAGGGUUUACAUCUCAUUCAAGUAACAGGUGAAAUAUUGAAUUCCACUUUUAUGAAUAAUCCUGAUAUUGAUUGGGUUCCGGAAAAAUGGGAAGAAUCUGUUAACAGUGUUUUAGAUAAUGCGUACACGUAUGGACGAAGCGCUAUAUCAGAUGGAAUUCGAGGUCUCGUGAAAGAUCUUGAACCAGUGAAAGCGGAGCAGAUGGAGAAGAAAGUCUUGGAACUUUGGGAUCGUCUCUAUCAAGCAUGGAUGAUGUCAAAUAUGGAUUCAGAUCACAUAGGUCCUACUGUAGAUUCUAUGUCUGCGUACUCUGCUUGGGAGAAUCUCAAAGAGAGCUUUGGAAAGACACCUCUACAUUUAUUCAAUAUGACUAGUAUACAAAAUUUUGCCAAAGAAAAUAUUGGCAUUUUGAUGUCAGUACUUGAUUCCGUUUGGAGCAUCGUCAAAGGCAAUAUGUCUGUGAUAUUAACAGUUUUCACGGAAUUGUUCUAUAUUGUACUUAUGAGUGGAUCAGCGGUACUCAAUUUUGUACUCAGCACGGUUGUGUUCUUUACAACUUUAUUUUACUUGCUCAGUUCCAGCGGUAGAACUUAUAAACCCAUCGAAUUGACAACAAUGUUUAGUCCUAUUAGUUGUCACAGCACGCUGCAUGUAGAAGGGUUUGCUGUGGCACUACAAGAAGCGGUAAUCGGAGUAUUUGCGGCCACCUUUAAACUCGCUUCCUUCUUUGGCAUGUGGACAUGGUUCAUACAUAAUUUAUUCCAAGUGAAGAUUGUCUAUCUACCAUCGGCUCUUGCGACGAUGUUGGGAGCAGUUCCUUUCUUAGACGCAUACUUUGCCUGCAUUCCGGCUACCAUAGAACUUUGGUUCACUCGUGGAUCGAUGACCGCUAUCACUUUUUUUCUCUUCCAUUUUCUCCCGUGUAACAUAGUAGUGACGGAAUUUUAUAAGGAGAUUAAAGGUGGCGGGCAUCCUUAUCUGACGGGCCUGUCAAUAGCAGGUGGAAUCUUUUGUUUAGGUGUAGAAGGAGCAAUUUUUGGUCCUUUGCUCCUAUGUUGUAUCAUGGUUAUUAUCAAUCUAAGUAGACGUUACCUGCAUUCGCCUGAGGAGGAGAUACUUUCGACGUAUCACGAAAGAACUUCGGAAUACGAGUCAAAAUAACAUUACGAUUUUGACAGAAAUGAGUACCUCUUGUUAAUGAUAUCAAGAGCUACGGGCUUGGCUCCAGUUUUUACUAAAGAUUAAAAGUUUGAUAUUAAAUAUCUCACGAAAGUUAGCACUGUGAUGGCUGGACUAAACAUGCAGUGCAAAUACAGACACAAAAGUCAUGCUUUUUAUACUUUUAUGUGAUAAGAGAACUAACACAGAAAAAUCUCUCAGCUUACGCUUAUUAGAUGUACAGAUAUUUAUAUCGUAUAAAUAAUCAAAGUAAUUUAUGUUUUUA